AUGGACGCCAUCACUAAACUAAGCACUAUCUUCACCAGCAUUAUCAUCUUUCAGCUCCUUUUCCACUUUGUAAGUUCUUGGUUUUCAGCAAAAGUUUCGCCAGGUUUUAAUAGUCUCAGCUUUGAAAAGAAGAUUGAAUGGAACUCAAGGGUAGUGUCCACAUGCCAUUCUUUACUGGUUGGAGUUUUUAGCCUGUAUAUUUUCUUUUUUGAUGAGGCUACUAUGACUGAUCCACUUUGGGGUGAUUCAUCACUUGUGAAUUUGAAUAUUAUUAUUACUUCAGGCUACCUCAUAUCUGAUUUAUUGCUUCUCAUUUUCUAUUGGAGAGUGAUUGGUGACAAAAUGUUUAUAGUUCACCAUUGUACAGCACUAUAUGCAUACUACUUUAUACUGCGCUAUGGGGUGCUGGAAUACAUUGGGAGUUUUCGCCUGUUGGCAGAGCUUUCCAGCCCAUUUGUGAAUCAGCGAUGGUUUUUUGAAGCUCUGAAGUAUCCUAAAUUUUCCAAAGCUAACGUCAUCAAUGGAAUACUCAUGACAGUGGUGUUUUUCAUCGUGCGGAUUGCUGUGAUACCUCCUUUUUAUUAUUUUGUAUAUUCCGUGUAUGGAACAGAAGCCUACUACCGGCUUGGAUUGUUAAUCCAGUGUUCCUGGAUCAGUUCUUGUGUUAUUUUAGAUGUAAUGAAUGUCUACUGGAUGAUCAAAAUUACAAAGGGGUGCAUUAGAGUCAUCUCUCUCAUCAGACAAGAGAAAGACAAGAGUCGUCUUCAAAAUGGAAAAGUUGACUAA